CCUGCGCGUUACCCCAUGGCCUCCUCUUCUUCUUCUUCCUCUUCAUCAUCUCUGCCACCGUCUCUGCCACCAAACGCUCCUCAAGCGCACUAACACUGACCACCACCUUCCUCACUCCCCACAAAAACCCUAAGAAAAGCCCGUUUCACCAUAACAGCAACCCACAUUGCGCUCUCUCUCUCUCUCUCAAACGCAAGGUUCACAAUGGCAACCCCAACACCAACGGUUCUUUCUCUCUUCUUCUUCUUCUUCUUCUCGGCGCUCGCUCAGACCAACUACACCCAGACGGAAAUCGAGGCCUUGCUGUCCUUCAAGCGCAACCUCCACGACCCGCGUGGUGCCACGGACGGUUGGGAUCCUUCCACGCCCUCCGCCCCCUGCGACUGGCGCGGCGUCGUCUGCUAUGCCGGCCGCGUGCGCGAGCUCCGCCUCAGUAGGCUCCAGCUAGGAGGCUGGCUAGGCGACUCGCUCGGCGACUUGCAUGAACUUCGCAGGCUCAGCCUCCACUCCAACGUCCUCAACGGUUCCAUCCCCGGGGCGCUCUCUCGGUGCUCUCUCCUACGAGCUGUCUACCUGCAGUACAACUCCCUCGCGGGCGAUCUCCCCGCGGCGAUCCUCAAGCUCAACAACCUUCAGGUCCUCGACGUCGCACACAACCUCCUCUCCGGCGGAAUCCCCGGCGACAUGCCGCCGAGCUUGCGGUUUCUCGAUUUGUCGUCGAACGAGUUCUCCGGCGAGGUUCCGGCGAACUUCUCGGCGAGCUCCCAUCUACGAGUCGUCAACUUUUCGUACAACCGGUUCGUGGGUCGAGUUCCUUUCGGUUUCGGAGCAUUGCAGGAGCUCGAGUACUUGUGGCUAGACUCCAACCUCUUGUUCGGAACUGUUCCGUCGGCGAUGGCAAAUUGUUCCUCGCUCGUGCAUUUGAGCGUCGAAGACAACAUGCUUCAGGGCUUGCUUCCGGGGACUUUUGGGACGAUCCCGAAGCUUCAACUUCUCUCUCUGACGGGCAAUAAUCUCUCCGGUUCAAUUCCUUUUUCUUUGUUCUGCAAUGGUUCAGUUGAUUCGAGUUCCCUGAGGAUUGUUGGGUUGGGGUUUAAUUCUUUCACGGGAAUUGCCGAGCCGCCAAGUGAGAAGUGCAUUACUUCUCUGGAGGUUUUGGACCUUCACGAGAAUCAUGUACAGGGUGUUUUUCCAUCUUGGUUGACGUAUGCGUCAACGUCAUUGAAAGUGAUUGACCUUUCAGGGAAUUUUUUUUCUGGUAUCUUACCUGCUGGUAUUGGAAAUCUGUCAAGGCUGGAGGAGCUUAGGUUGGCUGAUAACUCUCUAAGGGGAGUGAUUCCGAACGAAAUUUCGAAAUGCAGCUUGUUGCAAGUCCUUGAUCUUCAGGGAAACCAGUUUUCGGGCCAGAUUCCGGGGUUUUUGAGUCAGUUGAGUAGCUUAAAAGUGAUUUCCUUGAAAGAGAACAUGUUUGCCGGUUCGAUUCCGCAGGGUCUUGGAAGCCUUUUGGGGCUCGAGAAUUUGGAUCUUAGCGCUAAUAAUCUGACUGGAGGUGUGCCGGAAGAGCUAAUGCAACUCAAGAAUUUGAGUACUUUGAAUUUAGGCAAUAACAUGUUCUCUGGUGAAGUUCCUUCCGGUAUUGGGGAGUUGAAGGGUUUGCUAGUUUUGAACUUGAGUAACUGUGGAUUUUCGGGAAAUGUCCCUGGGAGCAUCGGGAGUCUUAUGAGAUUAACGACGUUGGACUUGAGUAAGCAAAAUCUCUCUGGGCAAUUGCCAAUAGAAAUUUUCGGGCUGCCGGGUUUGCAAAUUGUUGCCUUGGAAGAGAACAGUUUAUCUGGGGAUGUUCCUGAAGGUUUCAGCAGUUUAAUUUCUUUGCAAUAUCUGAACAUCACGUCAAAUUUGUUUCACGGCACAAUUCCAACUACUUAUGGAUUCCUUCAGUCAUUAGUUGUUCUCUCCAUAUCUCGAAACAAUAUUUCUGGUCCAAUUCCAGUAGAGCUUGGUAACUGUUCCAAUCUCGAAGUACUUGAACUUCGUUCAAAUAGUUUGAAGGGUCAAAUUCCGAGCAGAUUCUCUCGCCUCUCUCAUUUAAAGAGGCUUGACUUGGGUCAGAACAACUUAACAGGGGAAAUCCCUGAGGAGUUGUCUCAAUGCUUCUCUUUGACUACUCUGUUAUUGGAUUCGAAUCACCUUUCAGGCCAUAUACCUGAUUCUUUAUCAAGACUACUGAACCUAACCUCAUUGGAUCUUUCUUCAAACAACUUGAGUGGAACAAUUCCAACAAAUCUUUCAGCAAUACCAGGAUUGGUGUACUUAAAUGUUUCACACAAUAAUCUCGAGGGAGAGAUUCCACAAGCACUGGGUUCUCGAUUCAACAAUCCUUCUGCAUUUGAAAUGAAUGGAAAAUUAUGCGGCAAGCCCUUGGCUCAAGAAUGCCCAAAUGUGACUACAAAGAAAAGAAAAAGGCUGAUCCUUGUCAUUGCUUUAAUUGUAGCUGGAGCUUGUCUUUUGGCAUUAUGCUGCUGUGGUUAUGUGUACAGCCUCCUGAGGUGGCGAAAGAAACUUAGAGAAGCGGCUGGGGAAAAGAAGCGAAGUCCUCGUACAAGCUCAGGUGCAGAGAGGGGCCGUGGAAGCGGAGAAAACGGAGAGGCAAAGCUUGUCAUGUUCAAGAACAAGAUAACAUAUUCAGAAACGCUAGAAGCAACUAGACAGUUUGAUGAGGAGAAUGUACUAAGCCGGGGAAGAUAUGGGCUUGUCUUCAAAGCCUCAUUUCAAGAUGGGAUGGUCCUUGCAAUACGUCGCCUCCUCAAUGGAUCAAUCAAUGAGCGAACAUUUCGUAAAGAAGCGGAAGCACUAGGCAAGAUCAAGCACCGCAAUCUGACAGUCCUGCGUGGCUACUACACUGGGCCACCAGACAUAAGGCUCCUUAUUUACGAUUACAUGCCUAAUGGUAACUUGGCCACUCUCCUUCAAGAGGCAUCUCACCGGGAUGGGCAUGUUCUCAACUGGCCCAUGCGUCAUCUCAUCACGCUUGGAGUUGCUCGAGGGCUCACUUUCUUGCACUCAAUGACCAUGGUUCAUGGUGACUUGAAGCCUCAGAACGUGCUAUUCGAUGCAGAUUUCGAAUCCCAUCUAUCAGAGUUCGGUUUGGACCGUCUGGUCUCAGUCACCACAGCCGAAGCCUCCACCUCGGCCACUCCGGUGGGCACGCCCGGUUAUGUGUCACCCGAGGCGACACUAUCCAGGCAAUUGACAAAGGAGUCGGAUGUGUACAGCUUCGGGAUCGUCCUAUUGGAAAUACUGACUGGGAAGAAACCAAUCAUGUUCAAUCAAGAUGAGGACAUUGUGAAGUGGGUAAAGAAGCAAUUGCAAAAGGGUCAAAUUUCAGAGCUAAUUGAGCCUGGUCUGCUGGAGCUGGACCCCGAGUCAUCAGAGUGGGAAGAGUUUUUACUGGGAGUCAAAGUGGGACUUCUUUGCACAGCAACUGAUCCACUCGACAGACCAUCCAUGGCUGAUGUUGUACUCAUGCUUGAAGGGUGUAGGGUUGGACCUGAUAUUCCCUCUUCAGCUGACCCUACUUCUUUGCCUUCCCCUGCAUGACUAGGGGAACAAAACAAAGAAAAAAGGUCAUUGUUUUCUUUCUGCUAGAAGCGUACCCAAGACGGACAGCUGUGCUAGCUCAGAACCACAGUAUAUAUUCCUGGGGAGACUAAUGGAUCAGUGCUAAACACAGGCUGAGUGUUACCAUUGUCUAGUUGAUGCUGCUGUCAAACUUCAUCAGAUGGGUUUGGAUUGGUUAUCUCCAAAUAAUGGUCCUCUUCAUUAUGGCAAAGGAACAAUAGCUGAUGCUGGAAGGCUGGAAUAAUUGGGUCUAGUCUUCAAAUGAAGCCAUUCCCAGUACAGUAAUCAUGGAGAUCUAAGGAAGUAUCUUCAUGGAUAUUUCGACUCCAAAGAAGAGGGGGGGGGUCGUUAAAGAUCUUGCAUCAUUCUUGUUUUCUUUUCUUUUAUCUUCUUGGUUAGUUUAAAUUUGUUUGCAAGACUUGAAUUGAAGCUUCUGGACUACUCUGGUAUAGCGAAAUAUAUCAGAAGCUUCUCUCUUUCAUGUGUAGGAACAGAGAAAAA